AUGGCUCCAAUGAAUAUUUUUUCGUCCUUCUUCAUUAAGAGCUUUAUCCUGGUCAGAGGUGCAGUGGAUCUAGAGCCUAUCCCAGGAAUGCUGUGUGCAAGGAAGCGCGUGUGCAGAAUCACCCUGGCGUUGAAUCCCGACUCUGAUCUCGGAGUGAAGGCAGUUUCCCGGGGAUCUGUCAGGGUGAGCGCACUGGCUGGAAUGAUGGCUGGUUUCGGGUGCAGAGCAGCAGCGGUUCUCCUCCCCUCCCUCGUGGCCUUCAUCGCUGCAAGCAAAGAUGCUAAAGUCUCAGAGGUCCGAGAGACUGACAGACUUCCCCAUGAAAGACAGCUCGACCUGAGGGAAGUAGUGUUUGUCAUCCAGAGCCAGAGGAAUUCCUUCCACGCUCAGCGAGCACAAAGACUCCGAGCAGAUCUGCUUUCACAGGCUGAAGCGCUCCAAGAGAGCCUUCCAGUUAUCCUGCUUCUUCACACACUGUCUGAAAAUGAGGGAGACUGGAGCAUUCUUCCCCUGCUGCCUUAUUUUUCCUCUCACUUUGGCAAAAACUCCUCGUGGAUUAUGUUUCUUGAAGAGGAAACGAACAUAAAAUUGGAGAAACUUCACAGCGUCCUCAAAAAGUUUGAGCACAGCAAAGAGUGGUUCCUUGGCAAGCCACUUCAUGAUGAUGAAUCCACCAUCAUCCACCAUUAUGCCUUUGCUGAGAAUCCGUCUGCCUUCAAGUACCCAGACUUCAGUGCAGGAUGGGCUCUGAGCAUGCCUCUUGUCAACAGGCUUUCCAAUAAAUUACAAGAACAGCCUCUGAAAUCGGACUUCACCAUCGACCUCAAACAUGAGGUGGCGCUGUAUAUCUGGGAUGAAGGUACAGGGCCUCGUCUGACAGCUGUUCCUGAGCUGUGUACGUUGCCAGAGCAUUCAGCUCAAGCCCAGCGCUGUGCCACUACUGUUAACACACACUCACCGCUGUGUAGUGGGCCUGUUAAAAAGGAGGACAUAUUUGUGGCAGUGAAAACGUGCAAGAAGUUCCACACCGAAAGAAUCCCUGUGGUGAAGAAGACAUGGGAGAAACAAGCUUCACAUCUGGAGUACUACAGUGAUCAUGCUGAUCCUUCAGUCCCAACCAUUGACCUUGGUGUCCCCAACACAGACAGAGGUCAUUGUGGGAAAACCUUUGCCAUCCUGAAGAGAUACAUAAGCAGUGCUGUUCCAAAAACCAACUGGUUACUCAUCGUUGAUGACGACACACUUAUUAGCUUGCCCAGGCUACAAGCGCUGCUUAGUUGUUAUGAUCCCACAGAGCCAGUGUUCCUCGGGGAGCGCUAUGGUUACGGGCUUAGCCAAGGAGGAUACAGUUAUAUCACAGGAGGAGGAGGGAUGGUGUUCAGUAGGGAGGCUGUACUCAGGCUUUUGGCCAGCGGCUGUAAAUGCUACAGUAACGAUGCUCCUGAUGACAUGGUAUUGGGGAUGUGUUUCAACUCUAUGCGACUUCCUGUCACACACAGCCCACUGUUUCACCAGGCACGGCCAGAGGAUUAUGCCAGAGCCUUUCUAGCCCAUCAGACUCCUAUUUCUUUCCACAAACAUUGGAACAUUGACCCAGUUGCAGUUUUUCACAAGUGGCUUAUUGAUGAUGUGCAUGGCUCCAGGACAGAGCAGCUCAGAAAAGCUUCAAAAGAAGAGUUAUAGCGAAUGGACUCUUUUGUUGAGACAGAGAUGUGGACAGGAUGUCCCAGAGACUUGUGGACCUGCUUGGAUGCCUUUCUAUCUUGUUCCAGCUUUUCUUAAAACGGCUUGAUUGGAAAAUUCAGGAUUUGCCAGGCCAGUCCAUUGCAGACAGCAUUGCCUCCUCCCUUCUUCCUCUUCAGAUAUCUCUUACACAUCUUUGAGGUGUGUGCGGAGUCGUCAAGAGUCACUGAGAAUUAAAAAAAAAAAAAAAAAAAGAACUCCGAAAUGUAAAAACGCAAGGUGUUUUCAAACUUUGGACAGGAAAUGUAUGCAAGAUAUUUAUAAUAUUGUUGGUCAUUAAUAUUAUUUGCCAAAAAGAUGUUUAGAUAU